UGUCAUCUUGCAGCAUGGUGAGAUUUGCGUUUUUGUGUUGAUAUUCAGUGAUUUGGACUUUUUGAAAUGGCACCUGUAAAUCCACGUUUUAAAGGUAAACCUUCAUUUAAAGGUAGAAACACGAAGAGGAAUUAUGCGGAUAAUCGUCGGUCAGCUGUUAAUAAAAAGAAGAAAACGUGGAAUCCGGUGAAUAAGUUUUUCCAGGGCAGUUUACAGGAAGGUCAGGGCUUUGCCUUCCAGAGGAAGCAAAAAGUACAACAAGAAUACAAGAAACUUCUGCGAAAGGAGAAAUGGAGAAUGAAGGAUUCCCAGCUGAAGUUAGAAGAGGAAUACCCCGAGCAUCUGAAGCACCUCUACAUGGCUGAACAGCAGAGAUUGAACGAAGAAGAGCAACUGAACAAGGUUCGCAGGAGGAAAGGAAGGGGUGCUGAUGCAGGGGAAGAAGAAGAGUCGGUCCUUUCUAGCUCUGUCACAAGGACUUCUGAGACAGGAAGCCCUGAGAAAUCAUCUGCCUUAUUGAAUGAAGGACCACUGACAUCACAGAUUGAGAGUUCUGGUCAGGACCAACUUGGGAAAAAGAAAUGGAAGAAAAUGUCUUCCAACCAGAGGAUGAUGGAGGAAUAUAAAAGGAAAAAAGAGGAGCGAGAACGGAAAAAAGAGGAAUACUUGAAAGACAAAGCGCAGAGAGAGGAAGCUCUGAAAAGGUACAAGGAAAAGAAAAUGGCGACAUAUCAGUUGCUGAAGAAGAAGACCAAAAAGGGUCAGCCCAACCUGAAUCUGCAAAUGGAGCUGCUGCUUCAGAAAAUCGAGGCUCAGCGAAAAUAACCAAACCGCCUGCAACCUGCUGUUUAAAGGCCUAAAGUGUAAUUUAUUCACCUGCAGACAGUGCGAGAGACCUGGAAAUGUGUUUAUAUUACACAGAGACUGAAACAGAGUAAUAUGUAUGUCAUUGCUCUGUCUGUAAUGGUUGAAUCAGUAGAUGGUGCUGUCCUGUGUGUUUAUGAACUGGUUAAUGGAGUUGGGUUAAAAUGUGGAUUUGUGUAAUUCUUAAAAUUUUACAGAAGCCUUUAUUUGUAGUUUGUUAUAAUUUUAUGAUCUCGGAUUUAAUAAGACCCAACUCUAAUGUAAAUGGAGGCUAUUUGUACUCUAUCUUUUUGAAAAUAAAACUACACUUCAUGCA